CACAGAUCAUCUCUGAACACAUCGAGCAGACGAGCACAUAAUGGAUUCACAAGGUGUUUAUGAAGGUAUGCCACAGAGAGAUGCAUUUGGAUCUGGGAAACAGAGUCAAGACCAGACUGAAGCUCAAAACAACAAACGAAGCAGAUGUCUUGAACCGAUCACACUGUGUCUUGGGAUCUUCUGUGCUCUUCUGGUGGCCGCCAUUAUAGUGAUGUACAUCCAUUUCACAGCAGAGAGAGACAUGAUGGAGAUGAGAUAUGUGAACAUGAAAGAAAACAGCUAUGAAACCCAGCAAACUUAUGAAUCUUUGAGACGGGAGAACCAGAAUUUAAAGACCAGAGUCGAGCAUUUGAGUGAUGCACGUAUGAAGACCAUUUCAGGGACAUCUAGGUAUUUCAUUUCCUGUGAGUUUAAGAACUGGAUUGACAGCAGGCAGUUCUGUAGAGAUCGUGGUGCAAAUCUGGUCAUCAUCAACACUGAAGAAGAACAGAGAUACGUAUCUUCAAUGAUUACAGACAGCAUUUGGAUUGGUUUGUCUGAUAUAGAGAAUGAGGGUGUCAUGCAGUGGGUGGAUAAUUCAUCGGUUGAUGUGGAGUUUUGGGUCUCUGGUGAACCAAAUGAUGCAAGUGGAGUUGAAGACUGUGUUCAUAUUGGGCAUUCAUCCCCACCUGAACAAAACUGGAAUGAUCAAAGAUGCACAGAAAAGAGACGUUGGAUUUGUGAGAAUUAGUUCCUUCCUGCACUGUAAAGAAAUCCUCUUAGGGAUGUAAUAUGAAGAGUAACAGUUUCCAGUAAAGUUUGAGAGAAAGAAUUGAUCUCACAUUUAAUACUUUUUCUGUUCUUUAUCAUUUAGUCAAUUUUCUCCAGAAAAUUAUCAAAAUUCAAAUUUCUUUUAAUCACAAUUCACCUUUGUACAGUUUGUAGCAAGUUUCCAAAAUGUGGUUGAUUUGACAUGGAUUGACUCAUUUGUAGUUUUGUAUGUUUUCUUUUAGUUUCCGUUUUGACAAGUGACGUCACAACUUAUGUCAAUGCGUCUCUUUUAAAUUAAACUCUUUUGAUGACUCGUAA